AUGUCGAAGGCCCCUAUUUCUGAAAUUUCUCGCAAUGAAGUAGUUAAAUAUACUGCACAAGUAGAAAGUACACAAGGUGUAUUUUCCAUGAUUCAACAAUCAUUUACUUUUGAUUUUGCAACAUAUCAACAGAUCGAUGAUAACGAUAUGCAAACACUUGCCCGUCGAGUUCAAGAUGACGAUUUAAGAAAUCUAUUGCUUCAAUCUGUUUUAAUUGGCAAUACUGGUGCAAAAUAUACAGAUCAUAAUAUACCUGGUGAAACUGGAUUUAAGAAAACAUUUUUGGCGUUCCGAAAAGUCGACGGAAAGUAUGAUGUUGUUUAUUGUACAGCAACACAAAGAACAAAAGUCGAUUGGGGGAAAAUCGGUGCUUCUAUAGGACUUGGAGCUGCAGCUGGAGGAGCAGUUGGUGGAGUAGCUCUAUUAAUACCCGGUAUAAAUAUUGGAGCAGCAGCAUUAAUGUUAGGAGGAGCUGCUAUCGGUGGAGUUACUGGAGGUGCAGCUGCGGGCACAGCAGCUAUUAUACAAAAACGGGAUAUAUCAAACGUUGUUAUGGGUUACAUUGGAAAAGAACUAUCAGAUAGAAAUCUCCUACGAUUAGUUUAA